ACUAUACGGCGCCCAAGACUAAUUUAGUUGCCAUCAUGUCAACACUGCGGAAGUACCUCAUGUCCACAUCGCUAGGACAAAGCAUCACACUACUGAUGUCCACAACAUCACUGUUGAAAGCUACUUUGGCACAGGAAUUGUCCAGUGAAGUGGCACUCGACAAUGGUGCGAACCUAUCCGGUCAUGUUGAACUUCCCAAUGACGUCAAUAUAACUCGCCAUGAACCAAGCUUUCUACAAAACACCGUGUACAACAUCAGCGUAGGUGAUCUAAUCUUCAUUGCGCUAUGCAUACUAACGCUAACGCUAUUUAUACUGGGUAUAGUGUUCAAGUGGAUCAAUGUAUACGAUGGUCUACUUAAUGUAGUCCCAUGCAUUUCUAUAGGAUCCGCGUCCAUGAUAGCUACUUUGUGGCUGGCUAGUGUCCUAGGAUACCUAAAGCACCCAUUUACUAAAUGGCACAUUGGAUUCGUGAUUGUUAGUCUGGUGCUACUGUGCUAUAUACUGGCUCUGGAUACCAAUUUAGGCCAUAGUCAUGGAAUAGUUUCUAAACCCAGUAUAGAAUUUUUGGGCGCCACGGCAGUGGUAACACUAUUACUAGUAGCACUCGCAACAUGUGGUUACCAUAUAGGCGCAUUCCAACGACCUGUAUGUAACUACAAGCUUGUGUGCUAUGUAAUGGCAGUAGUGCUAGUGUUAGCAUUAGCCGGUGCCAUGGCGUGCUUUGGAUUGUUAAUUAUAGCAACCAGCGACAGCCGAGCUGUGUAUACAGACCAUAAACAAGGCCCCCAAAAUGCAAAUGUAUGGCUCUUUAAGGUAUCACUGACAGCCGCUACAGCUCUGCUAUUAACCGGUCAUAAGGUACUAGUGCUACAAAUGCCCUAUAGUGAUUGGGAGCUUAUAUGCUUAGUACUUCUGGGAGCCACAAUGGCUACGUUGAUAGCUGUGUGUCAUCUAUGGGCACAUGUGUACUCUAAUGAGCCCUAUAGGUACCCUUUGGCAACGCUGCACUGCAUUGCUUUGGUAAGCCUAUUGUGUACAGUGCACUUGAAAGGGCCUUUCACUACUGGUAGUACAGAACAUUUGGGCCAGUCUACGAAGUACCUGCGUAGUGCUGACCAGUUGGCAUUCUUUAUAUUGGCAUCGGUACUGAUAGUAGCACUUGCAUGUGUUAUUGGGGUGUAUGCCAGCAGUGGAGAGGAUUUGGAAUGGGAUUACCAUAACGACCGUAUUCUGGUACCAGCCAUUUAUAUAAUGACUGUGGGCGGCACACUGGCGUUCUAUGGUUAUCGCGUUAAGGCACUAGGGAAGCGAUAGUUAGUUUACAGU